UAUAGUUAACAUGCUGCACAUGAACGGACUGGGACUAAUAGACUGACAGCUGGUAUCAAUGACAGUAAAUUGCGUAGUCGAUGUUCAGCACUUUGUGGCGGAGAGGGGAACGAUGCCUCAUUCACGUGCUAGUUGGAACUAGGAAACUCGGACAUUUCCGACUUGCUAGCUCAGGGGUGUCAAACUCAUUCCACAGUGGGCCGAGUGACUGCAGGUUUUUGUUUUUUAACUUUCAAUUACCAGGUGAGGGGAGUUACUUACUAAUCAGUUACCUUAAGUCAUCAAUUAAGUGUAAGGGUGAAGGGAAAACCCGCAGACACUCGGCCAUCCGUGGAAUGAGUUUGACACGUGUAUAACUACAACAAUUUCGGACAUUUCUGAGUUUCCUAGACCGACUAGCGUGUGAAUGCAGCAUAACAUAUGGGUAGUUUGGGCACGCUUAUUAGUUCGGUGGGUGUGUGUCGGCCAACAAACAGGUGCUUUCAAUCGUCCCAAUUAGUAACCAUACCCUGGUAGGUGGGUAUAAAGGUUGGAGUCUGUAUCCUAACCAAAAUAGCUAGCAUUCCCACUGCUAAACACUAGUCCUGCCUGGUUUACGUGUGUUUGAGUAGAUAGAACGCAAUGGCCUCCGCUGGUCUCCAGAUUCUGGGCAUUGCCCUGGCUAUCAUCGGUUGGAUCGGUGACAUCAUAAUCUGCGCGCUCCCCUUGUGGAAGGUGACUGCUUUCAUCGGCAAUAACAUCGUAACCGCGCAGAUCUUCUGGGAGGGCCUGUGGAUGAACUGUGUGCUCCAGAGCACGGGCCAGAUGCAGUGUAAGGUCUACGACUCCAUGCUGGCAUUACCUCAGGACCUCCAGGCCGCCAGGGCUCUGGUCGUCAUCUCCAUCCUCGUGGCCGUGAUCGGCAUUCUGCUCUCCAUUGCUGGUGGGAAGUGCACAAACUGCAUCAACGACGAGGCGGCCAAGUCCAAGGUGGCCAUCGCAUCCGGUGUGUUCUUCCAGGUCGCCGGCAUCCUCUGUCUGAUCCCGGUGUCUUGGUCCGCCAACACCGUCAUCAGGGACUUUUACAACCCGCUUCUCACUGACUCUCAGAGGAGAGAGCUGGGCGCGUCGCUAACAAUGAGCCGACAGAUCCUUGCCUUUGUCCUGGCCUUCAUCGGGUUCAUGGGGACCAUCGUGAUCUGUGCCCUGCCCAUGUGGAAGGUAACAGCCUUUGUCGGAGCCAACAUUGUCACUGCCCAGGUGUUCUGGGAAGGGUUAUGGAUGAACUGUGUUAUCCAGAGCACGGGCCACAUGCAGUGUAAAGCCUACGACUCCCUCCUGGCCUUGCCCCAGAACCUGCAGGCUUCCAGGGCUCUCAUCUGCGUUUCCAUUGGGGUCAGUGUGCUUGCCAUCGGGCUGACUGUAGUUGGGGCACGGUGCACCAACUUCCUCCAUGACGACUGGCUGGCCAAGUCGAAGGUUGGCAUUGCGGCAGGCGCGGUGUUCAUGGCAGCGGGGGUGUUGUGUGUUAUCCCCGUAAGCUGGUCCGCUCACACCAUCAUCCAGGGCUUCUACAACCCUCUGGCCACCCAGGAGAGGAGAGGGGAGCUGGGGGCGUCCAUCUACGUGGGGUGGGUGUCUGGAGCUCUGCUCAUGAUCGGAGGGGGGAUGCUCUGCAGCACGUACAGGUGCUGAGGAGGGAGAGGAUAUCAAAUGCUGGCCUUGUCCUGGAUGGAUGAGGGAAGGAAUGGAUAAGGGGAGGAAGGGAGGAGAGAGAGGGCUUAAAACAUUGUAUGUUUGAGGAAGAGAGAGGAUAACACAUUCUCUCCUCACUACCUUAAAGACAUGCCUAAGUCUGGGAUGAUUUAGUCCACAUUGCUCCCACCUAGAUGAUUUUCUUGUGUGGAGAUGUAUUAUGUGAGGCCUGUAGAUUAACUGUGUAGUAACUGUAUGGUGAAAUUUACAGGACGGGUGCAGUGACUGCAUCCCAAAUGGGACCCUAUACCCAAAAUAGUGCACUACUUUUGAACUGAGCCCUAUGGGCCCUGGUCAAAAGUAGCGCACUAUAUAGGACAUAGGAUUCCAUUUUGGAUGCAACCUCCUCCAUCACCCCAGACAGGGGUUUGCAGCAUCAGAGAGUGUUCCAUCAUGGCUGUUUAUGGAGGACAGAUAGAGGAGUAGUUCUGAGUUCUGUUUUAACAUGUUUCUUAAUUGAUUGUAAAAAUUUUAAAAAAGGAAAAAAAGAAUGCUUGACAAUGAGAGACUGGUAUCUGCUGGACAGCUCUUUAUUCACCAGCCUAAUCAGAGAGUUUUAAACAGACUACACAGAUACACUGCUAUAUGACUGAAUCCCUGCAAAAUCAUGCAGGGUAAGGUGAGAAGGUACCCCUGAGAUACAGUAUAUGACUGUACAGUAUAUGUGACGGAGAUCAGACUAGGUUAGAUCAGAAUAGGUCAAGUUAGAUCAGACUAGGUCAGGGUAGAUCAGACUAGGUCCGACUCAUGUUAGAUUAGACUCAUGUUAGGUUAGAUCAGACUCAGGUUAGAUCAGACUAGGUCAGGUUACAUCCGAAUCAGGUUAGAUCAGACUAGGUCAGGAUACAUCAGAAUCAGGUUAGAUCAGACUAGGUCAGACUCAGGUUAGAUCAGAAUAGAACAGACGUGUUCAGGUUAGAUCAGACUAGGUCAGGUUAGAUCAGACUCAGGUUAGAUCAGACUAGGUCAGGUUACAUCAGAAUCAGGUUAGAUCAGACUAGGUAAGACUCAGGUUAGAUCAGAAUAGAACAGACGUGUUCAGGUUAGAUCAGACUAGGUCAGGUUAGAUCAGACUCAGGUUAGAUCAGACUAGGUCAGGAUAGAUCAGGUUAGAACAGACUAGGUCAGGUUAGAACAGACUAGAUCAGAAGUAAUAAAAUGCACUUUGUCUUUGAUCAAAACCUAAAUCUGAUAUAGAUUAUGUUAAGGAAAUGAAUAAUGAUUGUAAUGAUGAGUCGUGAUGAACAACAUUAUCAAUAAACUGCUUUCCUACA